UCAUCACUGGGACCGUCAAGCGUGCGUCAAGCUAUCUUGUCAAUUGUCUCUUAUUUCAUUUAUGGCUGAUUUGUUGUAAAAUUGUUGCUGGUUGUAUUACAAGAGUAUUGACUAUUAUAAUAUUCUUGCUAUCAAAACAAGCGUUGGCAGUAAAUUCAUUGUUUAUAUUUCUGUUCAAUAUUGUUAGCGAUGAGUGAGUGUGAGGAGAAAAAGUUGGCAGAUUUGCGAGUGGUUGAUUUAAAGGCAGAGCUAGAGAAGCGGGGCUUGGACAAGAAUGGAGUCAAACAGCUUUUGAUACAGCGUUUGAAGGAGGCAAUGGAAGCGCAAGGUCUUGAUCCUGAAACGUUCGUGUUUGAGACUAAAGACACUAAAAAGAAACCAUCAACUCAAAGUGAAGAGAAACCUGAGGAAUCUCCGACUGAAGAAAAAGAACCGAAGAAACCCGAAGAUCCAGUCAGCGUUGAAGCUAAGGAAAGCCUGGAGCCGGAAGUUGUGAAGAAAUCGGAAGCUGAUACAACCGAGUGUACCACUGAUGAGAAGGAGGUUGUCAAGGAACAACAAGUGGUUGAAAAACCUGAACCAAAGAGCGUCGCAAAAGAAGCUGUCAAGGAUGAAGAAAAACCUGCAGCAGUAGAGGAGGAUGAAGAUCCAAUUCACCUCACCCUAGACGAAGAAACUUUACAUGAUGUAGAAAGUGAAACCGCCGACAAAAAUAGAGAGGAUGACACUACAACUGAUGAUAAAACGAAGACGGAAGUUGGAGAAUGCAAGGAGGAAUCAAGAUCAGAAAAGCAACAAAAUGGAGAUGGAUAUAGGAGAUCCAGUGAAAAACUGCACAAAAAAAUUUGUGUCAAAGCCAAUCCGAACGUUGUUUGGGUAUCGAACGUUGCCCAGAAUACUCGAGCAAGUGAGCUGAAAGCUGCUCUAUCAGCGUGUGGAAAAGUGACUGGAGCCAAAGUCGUUGUUAACGCUAGAUAUCCCGGAUCCAACUGCUUCGGCUAUGUCACAAUGGGUUCCCUGGAAGAUGUGGCUAAUGUAAUCGCUAAACUCAACAACACUGAAUUAAAGGGUCAAAUGAUCAAAAUUGAGAAGUUUGAUGAAGUUCGAGCAGACCAAAUGAAGGUCACAAAGAAUAGUAGUGAGAAGACAGGUUUUAAAUCUAGGCGUGACGAAAAGCCAACUGUGGACGUUAAGGAUAGUAAGAAAGAAGGAGAGAAGGAUGAGAAGAAACGGGAAGGUGAUGCCAGUGGAAAAGAAAUGAAUCGAACUAAAUCGAAGGAAAGGGCGGAUUCUAGUAGCAGAAGAGCGUCCAGAGAUGAAAUUAGACAUAGAGACGACAGAUUUAGAGGGCAUCGGAGCAGAUCUUCAGGAGCGCACAGGAGUGGAGUGCUUACAUUUGCCCAGAUUAAGGAGGAAAGAGAUCGUCAAAAAAUGCGUGAAAAAGAGCGCAUCUUUCGCGAAGAAUCCAGGCGUCGUCACGAGGAGCAUAGUAGACAGAAGGAAAUUGAACGACGCCAGAGGCAAGAGUCAAUGAGGCUAGAGAAGGAAAAGGAAAAACUGAGAAUCGAAAAGGAGAAAAUUGCCCGUGAAAAAGCCGAAUUAGUUCGGUUACAACGCGAGCGCCAGCGUCUCGAGCGGGAGAAAAUUUCACGGGAAAAACUUGAAUUGGAAAGAACAUUGCAGCGGCUUUCAGAGGACAGGAGAGAAAAACGACCGGCAACAUUCCGCAGCGAUGAGCGUUUCAAUGACAGAAAAAGACCGAUGACUGCUGACCACUUCGACGCUCCACCGGCCCCACGAUUUGAUUCUACCAAACCCCAUGAUCUAACCCCCAAGGGUAAACCUUUUGGGCCCUCUAAAGGAGAAUAUGGUGGCAAGCCUAGGCAUCCUGGUUCAUACUCUGACAAACGAGGUCGCGAUUAUGAUGGCCCAUCAACCUCCUCUGGCAGUGGGAAUAAGUUUGAUAAUCGUCCAUAUAACAACCGUGAACCAAGAAACCGGGACGGACCCUCCCCGCGUGGAGGAAAAGAUAGAUAUAAUGAUCGCGAAAGAGAUAGAAGUCCUCAUGGAUAUCGGGCAGGUAUUGGAAGAGGCAAGUCUGAUGCGCCGGGGCCUUCCAGAUAUGGCAAUUCAAAUGAUAUGAGAUUUGAAGGUAGAAACAGCGGCAACAACUGGCCCAGUCCUCAAAAAUCGUUCAAUGCACCCAAGCCGUGGGAGAAGAGUGAUUGGAGAUCUGCGCCUUCAACUAGUGAAAGGUGGAUGCCUAAUAAUCCCUCGCAAAACAGGACUUUUUCAAAAGAGUCAGUAUUAGAUAUAGGUCCUCUUUGCCCUCCGCCACCGGGUAUUAACAGUUACAAUGACCGGUUCUCAUAUGGCGGUAAGUCCAUGAGUCCUGGUAUGAGGAAAUAUUAAAUAUAACAUGUGUUUUAUAUGGACUUCCUUUAUUAAUGUAUCCUCUGUAGCUACCAAGAUUUAUAUACAUUACGUUAUUUGCACACUUUUAUAAAUUACUAGCUUAAGCAUUUAAUAUUUCGUUCUAUGUUGGGUUUUGCUACUUAGUAGAAGUUCUGUGUAAACGUUUUAAACAAUAAAAAUGUAUGACUUUUUUAUAA